CCAUUUCAUCUUAUUUAUUUAUUGUCACGUUUCACAGUGCUUUUAUUUGUGUAAUCAGUUGUGUUUUGCACAGUUCCACGCUGUCCCUUAUACAGUUUGCGUGCCAAUUUGUUUUGGGCGCUCCUAAUACGUGUAAUACGGUAUGUCGCUCAGCUAAACCGACGUAGUUUCGGCUUCCGUAUCCAUUACAACCAAUCGAAGGCGCGCUUCUUCAGCCGGCGGUCGGCGAUGUCUUCCGUGAGACAGCGGCAGGUCGAUGUAAACAAACGGCUCCAAGAAUUCGCGUGUCCUUCAUUUGCGAGCUAAAAAAGAUAACAAAUGCAAUAAAACAGUCUCGAUACAGAGAAACCCAAGAAAAAGAAACGGCAGCUCCCGCUGAUGGGACGACUGCACCCCCGUCACACGAAUACCUUAUCCAAGGCAGGAGUUUGACGGAAGUCGUCUCUGUUUUCUCGCCGUGUUUUUUUUUUACUUUAAAUUGUUUAUUUUUUCUUUUUAAAUCCCCCCGGUUAAUAUGCUACAAUGUUCAAGAAUGUGUUCGCUUCCGGCUUCCUGGUGCGCACGGCGCAUACGGUGCUCACCUGGUCAGUCGCCCUGGUUCUCUUCUUGCACGACACAGAUUUGCGGAAACAGGAAGAGAACGGCGAGCUGCUGCAGCCUGUGCUCUUCGUCCUGCUGGUGCUCGCCUCUGUCCUGCUGUAUUUUGCGGUGUCCUUGAUGGAUCCUGGGUUCAUCCUCUCCGAUAACGAAAUGAAGUUGAACUACCUGAAGAAAAAAAAAACAAACCACAAACUCCCUUCCAUAUCACUUUCUUUCCAGUUUACAUAUGGGUUGAGUGAAGAGCAGCAGGAAAUGAUCCCUCAGACGUCGAAGGCGCUAAAACAGCGACGCUGUGGCUACUGCCUAUUGCAGCAGCCAAUGAGAGCCAAGCACUGCCAGACCUGCAAGCGCUGCGUGCGACGUUAUGACCACCACUGUCCCUGGAUAGAGAACUGCGUGGGGGAGCGGAACCACCGGUGGUUCAUUCUCUACCUGUGGGUCCAACUGGGCGCCCUGCUUUGGGGUUUUCACUUUGCCUGGUCUGGAUUCGGCUACGCUCCGACCUGGAAGAGCUGGCUGCAACAGAAUGGCUUCCUGUUGGCAGCUUUCGGCCUAGUGGCCGUGUUCUCUGUAGUGGUGAUUCUCCUGUUGGGCUGCCAUCUCUACCUGGUCUCCUGCAACACCACCACCUGGGAGUUCAUGUCCCGCCACCGCAUUUCCUACCUGAAGCACUGUGGGACCGACGAGAACCCAUUUGACCAAGGAACCUUUCGCAACCUGUGGAGCUUCUUCUGUGUUUGCCAUACGGUUGUUUGGGAGAAGGUCUACUUCCGAGAGGGCAGUGACCCAGUUUAGGUUAACUUUCAUCUUCUCUAUCACACUUUCCAACCACUACGUAGACUAAGAACUAUUUUUGGGUUGUGUGAGAGCAGACCCUCGGCCUAUUACCCUACUGUAUUAGUUUAUUAACAAAAGUUUAGUGACUUUUCUGAUUUUUUUCCACUCACAUGACUAAAAUCCUGUCAUCCAGAUGCAUGUGGGCAGCAGUAUGAACAACCAGAAUAAGUCGGAAGUAUUAACUACGAUAUAGAAACAAAGUGUUAAAUGGCAACUUCCAUAGGAGUAGUGUGUGGCACUCUGUAACGGACAGAGUCAUCCUGUAAUGUGCGAUAUCUGUGCUGUGUGUGGGUGUUUGUGUAAAGCUGCCAUCAUCCUCGUAAUCCAGAACCAAUUGUGGCCCCUUGUGUUGAACCAUUUUAGUCACCUCAGGUGGGGCAGGCUGACCCCAACUGUCAAGUCACUUUACACAGACACAAGUGACAGAAGCGCAUCCCAAGUUCACGUUCUGUUUAACCGAAAACAAGCACUGAGCCGCAGCAAUAAUUGAAGCCGUUUUGCCAGUGGGUUCUCGGCUUUUAUUUAUUAACAAUCACGCCUCGGGGACUGUAUUUCUGUUGAAAAUGACAUUAGGUUAUGAUAAUAGUCACUGGAGGAAAAUACCGUAGAACUGGCAUUCUACUUGUGAACAAGGCGACUGUUUACUCUAUGCAUUUUAUAUGAAGACAAUACUUUUUACAAAUCCUUUGUGAGAUUAGAAUAUGUCGGUUUGUGAUCUUAAAAAUUUGUAAUAUUUUAAAAAAUAAACCUUGUCCAAUCGUG